GCACCUCAGACCAAAAUAGGAUCAGCACAUUAACCAUGGUCAUCAUAUUAACCGUUAUCGUGAAAUGCGUCUUCAUUAGUUUCGCAACUCUGGCGGUUUGCUACAGACGCAAAACCACUACCCUCAAGUAUGAUCCGCCAUACUCGAAAAAGCCCAUCGCAAAGGGCUAUGCCAGCGCCGCAGCUACUGCCGCCAAUCAUCACUCGGUUGAGGAGGUUUCACUGGAUGGUUCCAGCAAAUUGGUGUACGCCAAUCAGGCAGGCUUCAGGGAUAAGAGCAUACAUGGCCGCCGUUAUACUGGCGGCGGCGAAGAUGAUCAGGCCCAUUCUGAAAAGGGCAUACUAAAGAAGCACAGCUACGGGCUUGUGCACACCGAACAGUUGAAGGACAAAUGGGGCGACGAUGUACAGUCCGACAAUCUCGAGCUUAUUACACAACAGGACGGUGCACUCGGCGCCUCCACUAGCGGUGGUGCGGCGGUCUCCGAAGUAGAGCGCACCCUAAAAUCCCUCAACGGCUAUCACGAAGACAUCCUCGAGGCAUUGCGUAAUGCGGCCUCACAUCGUGGCACCGCCACCGGCAAUACGCCAGUCGGUAGCGGCAGCCUAAGCGAAGAGAUGCUACGCAAAACGCUGCAAGACUGCCAAAGUGCACAACUUGGCUAUAGCGUGGAACCGUAUAAACGCGCAAGCGGUUCCAAGUCGAGUUCACGUGAAAAUAUCUGCGAUCCAGCGCAAGCGCAUUUGCUCAUCGAAAGUGCGGGCAUUGGCGGGCAUGCCGGUGCCGUGUUGCAUCAUCAUCGAUCACAGCAUCAGCUGCAUCAGCCGCCACCAACACUACAACAGCAACAACCGCCGCUGGACGACGAUGAUGCUCCAUCGACUGGACCGCUGCGUAUACGCAAUCUGGAGGAUCUGAUACGACAGCUUGAGCAUCAUUCGUCGCGCCAUAUGAGUCCUAGCGGCUCCGAGGACAUUCGAAUGUCCGAGACGGAAGCCGAUCGCCAUUAUAGAUUAGAUAGUUCCGCCGCUUGUAGUGAAUCCUCGCAAGGCAGUCGUUUGCGCCCGCGCUCCGACGAGGAGUCGCGCUUCGCCUACGGAAGGUACAGACAUCCUCCUCAAGCUACAAGUAGACAUCCAUCGCAUCAAUCGCACUCACCUCAUGCUUUCGGCCACCAUACGCAUCAUUCGCACGCCCACGGUCAUGCUACGCACGGCCCACACUCAUCACAUCACUCGUCGCAUACACACUUGCACCAGGACGACGAGGGUAUAUACGAGAGUGCCGAUCACCAUGAACGUUCGGUGGUUGAGGCACGACUCGAUCCGCGUGAAACACCCGACAGUGAGAGUGAUGACUUUAUUCAAGCUCAACAACAGUUAGCCCGGUGGGCGAGUGAGGAUGUGGUAUCCGUCGUGGUAUUGGAUCAACAGCAAUCCGGCACAAUGUCGGAUUCCCAACAAUCCAGCGGCGUCGGACCAAUGUCAACGGCUACAACGAGUACCGUUAUACAUCAUCAACACCCGCACCAGCACCACGGCGAUCAUCCAUCCUCGGCAGCGGCCUCAGCGGCAGCGGCGGCGGCGGCGGCGGCGGCGGCGGCAGCAGCAGCGGCAGCCAACAGCAACUCUAUAAUGGGUUUGGGGGUCGUGCCAAAUGGUAUAAAUGUAAGUCAGAGGGACUAUUACCCCUCGCCACCCUCAACGGAGACGGAAAGCAGUGGAAGUGUUAUCCCACCGCUCAGCCGCCGUUUGCCUAUGCCAGCCGAUACAGGCCAACAGCAAGCGCAAUUGCAACUGCAUCAACUGCAUCAGCAUCAACAGCAUCAGCAGCAGCAUCUGCAUCAGCAGCAAAUGCAGCUGCAGCAGCAGCAAGGCGACACCACCAGCAGCAGCAACAACAGUCAAUCAGGACAAAUAAUGGAGAAUGGUCGAUAUCCGGAAUAUAAACACUGAUCAUAAUGUCAAUGCCAACAACAGCAACAACAAAUACAACAACAACAACAACACGAGCAAGAGCUACAAUAGCAUAAACAACAACAGCAAACACAAUAAUAAAUUGUAUAUAGCAAAGCACAGCAGAUGAUACACAAAACAAAGAAACAGCUAAAAGCAAAGCAAUUCUUUAGAAAAUUCAAAAUUAUUUACAUAUACAAAUUGUUGUUGUACUGAUGGGAAUUCAUGCAUACAUAUGCCGAAAUAAAAAGAAUAAAAUAAAAUCGGCUACAAACAGGCAAACAACAAAUUUAUUUAAGAAAAAAGUAACAUUGGCAUUGGCAGUAAUAUUAGUUACUAUAUAGUUUAGUGCGCGUUGGCAACGCCGAAUUCAAACAACAACAAAAAAAAACUAUAGAAAAACAGUGGAAGACCAAUCGGUCGUGCACGCGCGAGCGAGCGAACGAGAUAUCGACCGAAACCCAGCAAUGUGAUUUUAUACAAAGUAGCAUUUUAGGUUAUUUAAUAUUUAAAUAAAUUUGCAAAAACAAGAAAUUGGUAAAAAGACAUUUAAACAAAAUUUACCCUAAAAACUUAACGAAUGAGUACUUAACAAAAAAUCAAUUAGAAAUAUAAUGCCAUUUUGUCUAAGCACUUAAAAUUAGAUAAACAGCAGAAUCACAAAUGGCUGCGCUAAUUAAUUAAGUCAUACACGCACUCAUACUAACAUAAAUGUGUGUUUUUUUUGUUAAUCAUAUCCAUUGUAAAUACAUACAUACACACAAUUCGUCGGCAUUAUUUAGCAAGGCUCCACAAACUUCUUUACAUGCAUUGCAAAAAAAAAAUAAAAAAUCGAUGUACAUACUUACGCAUGUACAUAUACACAAAUACAUACAUACGAAAUUAUAUGCAUAAAUCACUUAUCGUAUACUUUAUGCACAUACAUACGUGUAUAUUAAAAUACAUUUAAAUGCAUAGCUGUAUUCACUUGCCAAUUAUCAUUAAGCAUCAUUGAUGUUUCUAAUGCCCUUGUGUGGAAACCCUUACAUGGACUACAUGCAAAUCCAUAUACAUACAUACAUAUGUACAUAAAAAUACUGCAUAUACACAAAUACAUUACAUAAUUGUAGUUAGCGAAUGCAAAUGGAAUUCUGUGAAAAAUAGCAGUAAGUUUAUAAACCUGAAAAUAAAAAUAAAAAUCACUGUUAUACGAAACAAGUUGAAAAAACAAAAUCAGUUAAAUUUAUAAAUCCAGGCGAAAAUCGGCGAUUGAAUUUUUUGCAAAAUUAUUUAGGGAUUUCAUUGGAAUCCUUCUCUCUAAAAUCAUUAAAAAAUUUUCGCGGAAAGCUUCAAAUCCUACCUGCAGUUGUAAAAGAAACUAUCCGCUGUGAUUUCACACUUUUCUAGUAAUUAUGUACAUUAGACUGCAUCACUCUCCCUUACAAAAAAUAAU